AUGGAUUGGCGGGAAAAACUUUUCGGUCGUGUUCUUAUCAAGUGCGAUUCGUCGGGCACUCAGAAUGGUAAAUUUGAAACUGUUCAAACUUUAGAAGCGUUGUCCGAUUGCGUGGAGGAUGGCGAGGGAGCCGUCUGUGGUAUUUAUUUCUCAUUCGCUAACAUAAGUGACAAGAGUGAUGAUUUCGGGGUUCGUUUGGAGGAGAUGUACAAGAAGGUUUUGCCAAGACUUAAGGUUGUUGAAGUAGUGCUGUGGGCCCACGUCGGAACUCCAGAAGGUCCUGUAGAAAGGGAAGCCGGAUUCAUAAGGAACCUGACAGGAAAAUCAUGGUUUGCUGUGCCAUUUCACGAUGUGGAUAUAAAGCGUCGUCUCACUCAAAAGUACAGUAUUGCUGUAGGGGUGCCGACCCUCGUUAUCCGCGGUCGAGCCGUUAGGGACGCUUUGCUAUCAGACCCAAAUGGUGAAAGGUUUCCAUGGCCAGCGCCACCCCUGGAUGAAGUACUCAAAGGAGUGAUGCUUGAAGGAGCAGAGAAGAAACUGUAUGAGGAUCUACCCAUCGAUGCCGUGAGGGUUUUCUAUUUUGCAGCUCAUUGGUGUCCGCCCUGUAGAUCUUUCGCUCCCGGUCUGUGCACAGCUUUGUCCGCGGUGCGCAAGCGACGCUCCAAGUACGCGAACACACAACUAAUACUCGUCUCCAGUGAUCGAUCGGAGCAAUCCUACGCCCGCACGAUAGCGUCCCUAACACCAGGGUUGGCACUAUCCGUUCCGUGGUCGUCCCCGGCUCGCUUGGCGCUGCCGGCAGCCCUAGGGGUGGCGGGUAUACCAGCGCUCGUCAUAGCCGAUGGUACAGGGAAGAUACUCACCGCCAAUGGAAGACAACAUCUCACCGCUGAUCCUACAGGACUUAACUUCCCAUGGUCUCAGCGACCGGUGUCAGCUCUGAACGAGCAGGCGCUCCUCAAGAUGGCGAGACACCCCGCUGUUGUUCUGUUCGUUGACGACGAGGACGCCGAGAUAGAGUUCUCAGAAUCCGUUCUGACUCCAUCAGCGGAGUCCUACUACGAGGAAUGCAGCAUCCAGUACCCAGGGUUCUGUCCCUACCAGAACUCCUCAGACGACGAAAGUAUGGACUUCGACUACUCCACAAAAACCUCCCGCAAGAAGAAACCCUUCAAGCACGUGAUGUUCUACAUCGGUAUAGAUGGGACUGAUAGCGCGGAUAUGAUCAGGGAGCAUAUCGGUCUCGACGACGCUGUCCCACUACUAACAGCCAUAGACUUCCCCAAACAACGCAUGGUCACCAUGAAAUACGGUGACGAGAUCACAACGGACUCCGUACAGAACUUCGUCGACGCAUUCCUCAGCGGCAACGCCGAUUUCAAACCACUCAAACCGUAUACACAGAAAUGUUGA